AGCCGGAGACACGCCACUGAGCAAGGUUAAGAUCGGCGUUGCCCUUGCUGCGCCCCUGUCUUGCCUUCUUCCUCUUCUACCAGCGCUGUCGCGGUGUCAGUGCGCGUCCUUUCCUUCUCUUAUACCUUCCCCCAUACCUUAUUCUUCCUUCGUCACGAACUGCUCCGAUCGCUAUGCCCACCCUCGCCGCGACAGAGGACGUCAGCUUCUUCUACACCGACAGUGGCGCGCCACUGUCGUCGACGUACACGACGAUUGUACUUAUUCACGGCCAUACCUGGCAUAGUGCUGUAUUCGACCGUCUGCUGCCGCUUGCGCGCUCGCGCAACAUCCGCCUCGUUUGCGUCAACCGUCGUCUGUACCCUGGCAGCACGCCAUACACGCCUGAAGAGGCCGAAGAGAUCGCAUCUCCAGACCCGUCGCGCGUCCUCGCUAAGCAGGGCGCGCUCCUGGCGCGUUUCAUUGCACGGCUUCCUGCUGCCCUUCAGCUUCCCCGCCCUCAUCAUGGCCGUGCGGGCGGCAUCAUGCUUGCUGGCUGGUCUCUGGGCACGCUCUUUGUCCAACUGACGCUUUCUGCCAUCGAUCUGGUCGAUGAACCAACGCGCAAUGUCCUUCGCACCUACGUCCGGGGCAUUAUGCUGUGGGACACGCCGUCUCCCUUCCUCGGCAUUGUGCCUCCCAGCGACUACAACCCCUUCAGGGACGAGCGCAUACCGCUGGAAGACCGGCUUGGGCACUUCCUUCGCUGGGUCUCCGGCUACUACACGCACGACCCCGUUACGCGCAAGCUCUGCUUCGAGUCGCCCGACGAGGACCUUACGCCGAGCAUCGAGCGCAUGCCGGACCUCCUCGCGCUGACGGAGCCGUCCGCGAGCGCGGGCGGUGACACGGCGCUGAUCGACCCCGCGCUUAUCCCCCUCAUGGGCCGCAUAACGGCAGGGGCGCUGCUGGAUCCGCAGCUGCAUAGCCGGUGGGGCGGGCUGGACAUCAAGUUCAUUACCGGCAGCCGCUCGGUGUGGAACAUCGUCCUCGCCGCCUGGCAGAUCGAGGACAUGGGGAAGCAGGCCGGUGUUCGAAUCGAAGUCAAGAUGAUCCCGAACGCCAAUCACUUCGUGAUGUGGGAUGCCCCCGAGGACGCUAUCCGGGUGCUUCAGGAGUGCAGCAGCGUUGGCAGACGCCGCAGAGCGCACAGGCACUUCCAGAGCACCAUCCAUGCCGUUGUACAACAGAAGAGGUUCCCGUGGCGCCGCAACCGGAUGUCCAUGGAGGUCGCUUGAUCCUUCAAGUCGGCUUUUCGAUAUCUUACGACCUACGCGCGUCGGGGUCUCGCUCUAAUUGGCUUCUGGCUUGGACUGGGCUCUGCUCACAUCCUCUACGAAUCUUACUAUACGUCGUGCACGAUACUCAUGUCCUCAAGGACCUGCUCUGGACUCCUUACUUAUACUGCUGACCUCGUUCUGCUAAUUAAUGCUUUGUGUACUAUAUGUCCGUCUGGUUAAUAUUACACUAUGCUGUUUACAUGCAACUUUCUGGUCCGUGGUUUGUUUCAGCUACAGCUUGUCGACGUCGACAGUCUCUGGCGGGAGGUUGCGCAUAGGUGCGUCUCGCGCCACCUCCAUCGUGCCAGUCGCGCCAGCUGCGCGUACGGCCGAGUCGGUUCCAGCGGAGUGCGGGUUCUUCAGCGUCUCCAUAGGUUCUGAUGGUGCGUUGGGAGCAUCGUC